GAAUAUUUUUUUUUGAUUUCUUUUUUUUUCUUUUUUGUUUUUCUAAAAUCAUAAAGCAAAAAAAAAACCUAAUGGUGUUUCCUGUAUAUAUUAACAAUAUAAAUCUUAUAAUAUACAAUGUGGUUUGCUACAUAUCUACUAUUAUUUGUCAUAGCUCUAACUUAAUUGAAAACUCUGUAAGAUUGAAACUGAUAUUUACCAGUAGAUAUCACUUUUUCUAUAUUUUACAUUUUUGAAAUUAUAAGUUGCAAGAAACAAAUCCUAUGUUAAAGAAAAUUAUAUAAAUUACA